AUGGAUGUGGUUAGAUAUCUUAUUACUGUCGGAGCCGAUUUAACAGCUUACAAUAAUGAAUGGCUUACAUUACUCAUUAUUGCAUCAAAUAAUGGAAAUCUUAAUUAUGUCAAAUAUUUGAUCAAUCAAGGAUUCGAUCUUGAGUAUCAUGAUAAACAUGGUGAUACUCCACUAAUUUGGGCAAUUAAGCAUGGAAAUUUAGAAGUGGCCCAAUUACUGAUUUCUAAUGGUGCCAAUCCAGAUGCAUGUAAUAAUGAUGGAGUUACUCCGCUGAUGAUCGCCUCAAGUGUCAGCCUUGAAUCAGUCAAAUAUCUUAUAUCAAUUGGAGUUAAUAAGGAUGCAAAGGAUCGAAAUGAGAUCAAUUCGUUGAUGUAUGCAGCAUCCAGUGGUCAACUUGAGAUAAUGAAAUAUCUAAUUUCCUUGGGAGCUAAAAUUGAUGAAAGAGAUAGGCAUAAUUAUACUCCACUAACUUUCGCAUCAGAGAAAGGCCACCUUGAAGCAAUUAAAUAUCUGGUCUCCCUUGGCGCCAAUAUUGAGGCAAGAAAUUCUGAAGGACGCACACCACUUUUAUGCGCCUUAGAUCAUUAUAAUUUUGAAGUCAUCAAGUACCUAAUUUCACAAGGUGCCAACAUUAAUGUGACUGAUUAUCGUGGAAAAGGUCUUCUUUCCUCUCCUAAAGAUGAAAUUAUAAAUUAUCUAACUUCUAAUGGUUAUAUUGAUAAAAAUGAAAAAAGGAAGAAAUAA